AUGGCUGUGCAGGAAGGAGUUCUGGGGGCUGUAAUUGGGACGACACAAGGAAAUAGAAGCUCACAGGCUGAGUGGACAGAUUGUAUUGGGACAGGAGGUGGGCUUAUUGUGGGCAGUGAGCAAGCAUCACAACCUCCUUCCUGUUCAGACAGCACGACUAUUUAUCAGAGCUUUCUGUGCCGUAGAGAAUUCCGGUCUUCCAGCUCUCUUCAUUUGUUUGAGAGGACUUCCACAAAACAUCAGCAGAUUGCAAGUUCAAGUUCAAAUAAAAUAGCUAGCUUGAGGAACCGGCUGACUGACUGCGUUGCAGUGGGCGUGCAGGAGGAAGUAAUCCUCAGAGCUGCUACCAGAAUCCUAGGGGCACCGGGGAGCCAAGCGGCGCAGGGCCCCCUUCUGCAAAGGGCCUGCCUGGGGAGAGAGGAACCCAGAGAAAUAAUGGCGUGCCUCAGGCUGCCAGGAGGCACAGGGGAAGCCAUCAAAGGAAGCAAGUGUGUGGAAGGGAUCAGAAUCAGUGCUCCCCUCAGCACUCUUGCUUCAUCCGUUGCAGCCAAGGCUCUCCCCGCUGCCCAGGCGGCUCUGGGGCUCCCCCCUGGCUUCCCCACCUCCAGUAUCAGUGUCCAUACGCUGCUCACAACCCAAGCAGGAAUGUUUGAUCACCAGCAGCUAGCCUUUCUCAGGUUGGCUUCUGGAAGACUCAUCAAGUUCCUGAUUUUUGAGCUUCUUGAGUUUGUUGCUUUCGCCACUCCCACGCUGGUGAUCAUGGAACAGUUUGCCACUGCCUAUCAAAAGAAAGCGGGUAGCGCCGGGAAAACGCAUUAUUGGCUGAUUGUUUCCUGUUCCAUUGCCUAUGUGGCUUCUGUGACUCUACUGGUAUGGGUUCCCGUUAAAGUUCUCUUACACAAGAAGUAUCGCCUUUACAAAAAAAUUAAAGGAUGGAGACCUGUUAUGAUGAUGUGUGUUAUACUCACCACACUUCCCAGCUUCAGCUUUUCUAUCGCAGUGACCGAGGUUCAAAAAAAUAGUAAUGGUUCGACGGAUGGCUUUCCUGAGAAGUUACCUGAUCUGCCAGUUUCUCUGGUUCUGACUUCCUUGGUUGUGGUUGAUAUUAUUGAAAAAAUCAGGAUAUAUCCUCUUACAGGACGGCUAAAGAGUGACGACAAUAGGCAUCUCCAUACUUUGCAGCAAAUAAAAACUGUGACCGACCAAGUGAAGCAAAAUGAAGAAAGCACUUCCCCUCCGCAGCUGGCCAGGAGGACCGAGGCAUCACUGCCACCGUCAGCGAGGACACAGAACCCCUCUCCAGUUCUGGCGAGACCCCAAGAGCCCUCUUUUCACUCAGGAAUCCUGGAAGCAAUGUCCCGGCAGGAUGACCGUGCCCAGAUCUUCCUGUGGAGCUUUCUGCUGUGGUCUGACACCAUAGAAAUGGUACGCGUGGCUGGCCACGCCGACGUGUACAAGUCAGGCUGGCUAUACCCAGUCUACAUAUUCAGUUUUAUUUCUCUCCUUCGAAUUAUAUUAACUCCUCAGAACCCUCUUCUGAAUUCCCUGGGCAUCCUUCUCCAGGAUUUACCCUUUAUUUUUGUUAGACUUAGUUUGGUCAUUGCCCUGGGAACUAUCACACCUGUAUUGGGCCUUUGUAAAAACAUCCUAGUGACUGUAUCUUAUGUGUACUUCAAUUACUUAACCAAAUUCAGGGCUUUCUCUACCUUCGAAACAUCUUCAUUUUAAAGAGAAAAUGUAAUAUAGUCAAACCUCUACAUUAUGCGUGUGUACACAUUUGUAAUUUUUUCUUUCUGGGGCCGAAGUUUUUGUACUAUAUAAAGAAAUGAGGAAUACAUUGUAGAGAAUACACUUUUUUUU